GCAGUUUUUCUAACCAAUCGCGCCGUACGUACGUGAUCAUCUGCGACUCCCGUCUCGUCGAAUGCAAUCGGCGUUGUUUGUUUACAACCUCAGAGGACCGGUGUCUGGAAAAGUCGUUUGUGGUUGAUUGCCAAGAUGUCAAUGCUCCCGGAACAGCAAGUGAAAGAGCUGAAAAUCUUUGUCAGCAUCGUGAAGGCAAAUCCUUCCUUCCUUCACACUCCUCAGCUUGCCUUUUUUAAAGAGUACUUGGAAUCUUUGGGAGCCAAAAUCCCAACUCUCUCUCCAACUGAAGAUGCACCUAAAACUCAGGCUCCUCCCAAGGCUCAGCCAAAGUCUGAGGAACCUAAGGAAGACAAGGAAGAGGAAUUAGUGGAGAGUGACAUUGAACUGGACAAUGAGGGUGUCAUUGAACCUGACAACGAUUCGCCCCAACCAAUGGGUGAUGAGGACAAGGAGGUUACUGAGGAGGAUAUGGACAAGGCGAAUGAAAAGAAGAGAGAGGCCAUCUCUGCCUUUAGCGAGCAGGAGUUUGAAAAGGCCGUUGAACUGUACACAGAGGCCAUUCUUCUUAAUCCUGGCGCUGCUUUACUCUACGCCAAGCGUGGUCAGUGUUACCUGAAGCUCAACAAGCCUAAUGCUUGCAUUCGAGACUGCUCGAGGGCCUUGCAGAUCAAUCCAGACAGUGCCGCUUCAUUCAAGUUCAGAGGAAGAGCUCACAGAUUACUUGGAAAAUGGAUUGAAGCUGCCCAUGACCUGCGUAACGCUUGCAAAAUCGACUUUGAUGAGCAGGCUGAUGAUUGGCUGAGAGAGGUCACCCCUAAUGCACGCAAAUUGGAGGAGCACAAGCUCAAGUACGAGCGCCUCUUCCGCGAACGCGAACUCAAGGAGCGUCUGGACAGGGCCAAGAAGGUCAGGGAGGAGCAUGAGAGGGCGGCGCGCGAGCAGCAGGAAAGGGCCGACCUCGGCGAUGAUGGUGAUGAGCCGGGCAUGAGCGAUUUCUUCAAGCUGAUGAACGACCCUGAGCUCAGGGCAUGUCUUCAGGACCCUGAAGUGGCCAUGGCUUUCCAAGACAUUUCCAGCAACCCGGCCAACAUCAUGAAGUACCAAAACAACCCCAAGGUGCAGAAGCUGAUACAAAUGAUGGCCGAGAAGUUUGGAGGCGGUGGCAUGCCUGGAAUGGGAGGUAUGCCUGGAAUGGGAGGUAUGCCUGGAAUGGGAGGUAUGCCUGGAAUGGGAGGCAUGCCUGGAAUGGGAGGCAUGCCUGGAAUGGGAGGCAUGCCAGGCAUGGGCGGCUACCCCUUCGGAGGAAUGGGCGGCUUUGGCGGCAGUGGAGCACCUCCCAGCGGAGCACCUCCCAGCGGUGACGCUCCAUCGUCCAACAGCGCAGAUGACGUGGGUCUCGACUAAAAAUUGGAGAUGAGUGACAGAUGUUUGAUUGUCAUGUUCGCAGGUUGAUGAAAUUUUUAAGGCCCCUGCAGUGUUUAUUUUCGCCUAGUUACCCAGUUGAAGCAAAGACUGAUCAAAAACGUUUCAUGGUGGCCACACGUUGCUUGAAACACCACUUGGAUUUGGUUUCUCAAACCUACUGCCAUCGGAACAAUAUCUGAUAUCAAACGGGCAUUGUUGAUUGAUUGUAAUAACAACUUUUCAUUUAUCCGUACUAGUGCUUGAUGUAGGGGUUUGCAAAUUAUUGAUCAAUAAAUCAAAUAAAACUUUAUCAGUUGUGGAUUACAGAAAAA